UACAGGUCCCAGGAUGCAGGGCGCCGGAGAGCAUGCGCGCUGGAGCCGCGGCCCCGCGCCACCCACCCCGCUUUGAUUGACAGGUGAUUCCCGGCUCAGGGUUCCAGUCGGCUGAGGAAACACGGAGCUGUACGAAUCAUGGGUCUGGUAUCAGCGGCGGUGCGCAGCUCCUGGUCUCCGGCUGCCCACCUACACAGAGCAGCCAAGCAGGCUUGGGGGCACCGGCUUCGUUGCGGGAGCUGUUCAACCCGGGCAAAAUGCGCGGCCAGUGCCCCGCAGCCAGACCCCGCAUCGAAGAGGGUCGCUGUAGAAGAGCAGCUGGAUCUUGAGACGAGGCGUCGCUUCCUCCGUGAGCCACUGCCUUUCUCCGCCUUCCUGACGGACAGCUUUGGGAGGCAGCACAGCUACCUCCGGAUCUCCCUGACCGAAAAGUGCAACCUGCGAUGUCAGUACUGCAUGCCCGAGGAAGGGGUGAAGCUCACCCCUAAAUCGCAGCUGCUCACCGCUGAGGAGAUCGUUACCCUGGCCGAGCUCUUUGUGAGGGAAGGGGUCGAUAAGAUCCGACUGACGGGCGGCGAGCCACUCAUCAGGCCUGAUGUGGUGCAAAUUGUGGCUCAACUACGGAAACUGGAAAAGCUCAAGACCAUCGCGGUCACCACUAACGGUAUCAAUCUAGCUCGCCUGCUGCCGAGCCUGAAGGAAGCUGGUCUCAAUCUGUUAAACAUCAGCCUAGACACACUGGUCCCUGCCAAGUUUGAGUUCAUUACUCGAAGGAGAGGCUUUCACAAGGUGAUGGAGGGUAUUAACAAAGCUAUCGACCUAGGCUACAAUCCAGUUAAGGUGAACUGUGUAGUAAUGAGGGGCCUGAACGAGGAUGAGCUGUUGGACUUUGUGAAGCUGACUGAGAAGAAUCCUUUGGACGUGCGGUUUAUUGAGUACAUGCCAUUCGAUGGUAACAAGUGGAAUUUUAAGAAGCUCGUGAGCUACCAGGAGAUGCUGGGCAUCAUUAAGCAGAGGUGGCCUGACAUGGAGAAGCUGCCUUCAGGAGCCUCCGACACUGCAAAGGCUUAUAAGGUCCCUGACUUCCAGGGCCGGAUCGGAUUCAUCACCUCUAUGUCCGAACAUUUCUGCGGCUCUUGCAAUCGACUAAGGAUCACCGCUGAUGGCAAUCUGAAGGUUUGUCUCUUCGGGAAUACCGAAGUGUCCCUGAGGGAGGUGCUGCGGUCUGGAGCCACAGAGGAGGACGUACUGGAGAUUAUUGGUGCCGCAGUGGGCAGGAAGAAAAAGCAGCACGCGGGGAUGUUUAACAUAUCACAGAUGAAGAACAGGCCCAUGAUCCUGAUUGGGGAAGAUCCUGUUCCUUCCACUGCAGCUCAGGGAGUCGUAAAUUUGAUCCAACCGGACCGACGGCCAAUUUGGAACAGCUCGCCGCCUGCUCCGAUGGGAAGAACAUUCUGGAAUGAUGUGUUUACAAGUGAGGGAGGCCUGCCAACUUUUCAUGGAGGAGUGGGAUCCGCAGCCAGCACUGCCUGGCCUGUGCUAAGAACAUACUGCACUGACUGUGGCAGACCGGCCAAGAGGGGCUCUGAGGGCCUCAGCACUGCUGCUGGGCCUGAAGGCCAGGGGAUUGCGGCCCGCCAACACGCACAGCCUUGCUCAGGCACGGAAAAGAGCGCGGCGGACUCGAGCGACCGUGGGCGGGGCCUGGCUGCCGGUGGACCUGCCGGCGAAGGCAGGGCGGGAGACCCCGGGGAGGCUGAGCAGUUGACUCACACUGACGCGCGGGGCCGGGCCGUCAUGGUGGACGUCGGGGGCAAACCCGACUCGCGGCGCACGGCCUCGGCGCAGGCCGUGGUCCUGCUGGGGGAGCGGGCCUACCGGCUGCUCCGGGCCAACCAGCUGCGGAAGGGCGACGCGCUGGUGACGGCCCAGCUCGCCGGCAUCGGCGCGGCCAAGCUGACUGCCCAGCUCAUCCCGCUGUGCCACGCCGUCCAGCUGCACCGGGUCGACAUCUCGCUGGAGCUGGACGAGGGCCGGCUGGCGGCCGUCGUCACGGCGACCUGCGGCGCCGCCGGCAAGACGGGGGUGGAGAUGGAGGCCCUGGUGGCGGCCAGCGUGGCGGCCUUGACCGUUUACGACAUGUGCAAGGCUGUCACGCGUGACAUGGUGAUCGAGGAGGUGAAGCUGAUCAGCAAGACCGGCGGGCAGCGGGGCGACUUCCAUCGCACUUAGGGCAACUGGUUUACCGCCCGUUGGCGUACCAAAUUCCAGAGUCGCGCCAAAGUUCACGUCUGUCGCCUCUGAAAUCCUGCGGUAGGGGUUGAAUUAACGGUGCGAGCCUUGCUGCUGUUUAAGUAUUACGCAAAACUCAAAGUCAAGCCACCUGCCUUCACCUGACCAGGUCUCUCCCUCACCUCGGCAGUGUCGUCACUCAGUCCGUUUCGUGUGUUUGG